AUGGGGUAUACAGAAUUGCACACAGUAUUGAUUAACAGCUGCAGGACGUGUUCGACGGGCGUCAUUCCCAAUGAGAGGAUCCGCAACAUCGGCAUAUCAGCCCACAUUGACUCAGGGAAAACCACACUGACGGAGAGAGUCCUGUACUACACUGGCAGAAUAGCAGAAAUGCAUGAGGUACGCGGACAGAAUCAGAAGAAUUCUCCAAUGAAUCUGAAGUUAAAACUUCAAUGAUAUAAGUUCUAAUAUCAUAACUCUUACAGCUGUUAUAACGGCGUAACUCACACAGCAGUGUGGUUGCAGCACCUUGACCAGCUCUGACAAGGCCCUGUCCUCGCAGGCCACGUGGACUUCACCAUCGAGGUGGAGCGGGCCCUCCGCGUGCUGGACGGGGCGAUCCUGGUGCUGUGUGCCGUCGGCGGGGUGCAGUGUCAGACCAUGACCGUAAACCGACAGAUGAAGCGUUACGGCGUGCCCUUCCUGACCUUCAUCAAUAAGCUGGACAGGCUUGGGGCCAACCCGGACAGAGCUCUCCAACAGAUCAGAACCAAGCUCAAUCACAACGCAGCGUUUGUCCAAAUCCCCAUUGGACUCGAAGGCAAUUUAAAAGGGAUUAUUGACCUCAUUGAAGAACGAGCCAUAUACUUUGAAGGACCAUUUGGACAGAAUAUCCAGUAUGAUGAGAUCCCAGCAGAUCUCCGUUUGGAAGCGGCAGACCGACGUCAGGAAUUGGUGGAGUGUGUAGCCAAUACAGAUGAGCUGCUGGGAGAGAUGUUUCUGGAGGAAAGGGUGCCCACAAACACCGAUUUAAAGGCUGCUAUCAGAAGGGCUACUGUCCAGCGCUCCUUCACCCCAGUUCUUGUCGGCAGCGCAUUGAAGAACAAAGGGGUACAGCCCCUGCUGGACGCUGUCCUAGACUACCUGCCAAAUCCCACCGAGGUUCAAAACUAUGCCAUCCUCAACCAAGAGGAAUCAAAUGAGACUACUAAAAUUUUAAUGGACCCAACAAGGGAUGCCUCUCAACCGUUUGUUGGCUUGGCAUUCAAAUUAGAGGCGGGGCGGUUUGGGCAGCUGACCUAUGUGAGGGUUUAUCAGGGGGUGCUGAGGAAGAGUGAGUACAUCUACAACACCAGGACAGGCAAGAGGGUCCGUGUGCAGCGCCUGGUGUGCCUUCACUCCGACCAGAUGGAGGAUGUAGAAGAGGUGUAUGCUGGCGAUAUCUGUGCCCUGUUUGGAAUUGACUGUGCCAGCGGGGACACCUUCACUGCGCAGACUACAGCCAAUCUCUCCAUGGAAUCUAUUCAUGUUCCAGAACCAGUAAUAUCAGUAGCUAUGAGGCCAACUAACAAGAACGACUUAGACAAAUUCUCCAAAGGAAUAAACCGUUUUACCAGAGAAGACCCAACUUUCAGAGUCCACUAUGAUCCAGAGAGUAGGGAAACAAUCAUCUCGGGAAUGGGGGAGCUACACCUUGAGAUUUACUCCCAGAGAAUGGAAAGAGAGUACAGCUGUCCUUGUGUGAUGGGAAAACCUAAGGUUGCCUUCAGAGAAACUAUCUCAUCCAACGUACCGUUCGAUUACACGCACAAGAAGCAGUCUGGUGGAGCAGGGCAGUAUGGGAAAGUCGUUGGAGUUUUGGAAGCCUUGGGGCCAGAUGGCUACACCAAAGUGGAGUUUGUUGACCAGACCGUCGGCACAAAUAUACCAAAACAGUUUAUGCCUGCAAUUGAAAAGGGAUUUCGGGACGCCUGUGAGAAAGGCCCUCUGACAGGCCACAAGAUCUCCGGUGUGCGCUUCCUGCUAGACGAUGGCGCUCACCACACGGUGGACUCCAAUGAGAUCGCCUUCAUCAGAGCAGGAGAAGGAGCUCUCAAGCAGGCUAUGGAGAAGGCAAACGUGAGUGUCCUGGAGCCCAUCAUGUCUGUGGAAGUUGUGGCUCCCACUGAGUUUCAGGGAACAGUGAUCGCUGGCAUUAACCGUCGACAUGGCCUCAUCACCGGACAGGAUGGACAGGAGGGCUACUUCACCCUUUAUGCUGAUGUUCCAUUAAAUGAUAUGUUUGGGUAUGCCACUGAACUCAGGUCAUGCACAGAGGGCAAAGGUGAAUACACAAUGGAGUACAGCAAGUAUCAGCCAUGUUUGCCCAGCACACAAGAAGAACUUGUCCACAAGUAUUUAGAAUCCACGGGCCAGCUACCUUCAAAGAAGGGCAAAGCCAAGAACUGAACCACCUGGCGACCUGUUUAUGUUUUUUUUCUGAUUGAUCUCAUUGCUGAAGAACACCAACCUGGGGAAAAUGCCGAAGAAUCGUUGGGACAGUUAUUUUCAUUUUAUGGACACUGAAUAGUAAUGGCAUUUUGAAGAAAUGUUACUGGUAUGUUGUGAGACUGGUUGCUAGAAAACAUUGAAAUCAGUAAUAUUUGAAAUAUUGUUCAUUCUGCUCUUAUUAUGUUAAUUUUCAGUAAAGGCCAUUCCAAAGUUGAGAAAAUCUUUAUAUUGUACUGAAACCAUUUUAAGAACUUCAUCAGUUUUCAAAAACAGUUUAUCAGAAUUUGUUCCCUGCUGUUCAUAGUUUUAUUUUUUCAGGAUUUAAUGUUACUUAAUAAUUCGAAUUCAUAGUGCUACUGUUACAAAUAAGGUUCGUAUUAAGCACACAUUUAAAGGCCUGGCUUAACAAUGUACAGUAAAGAUUUAUGGACUGUGUACAGUUACAAUAUUGAGAAUGGACUACUAUGAUUUCCAACAAUUGUAUUUUUAUCUACUUAAAUGUUGAGAAAAUAAAACUGAGGUACCGAAUUAGUGCAUGUUAGAAGUAGUAAUUGUUGUUAAGGAAAUACUACUGUAGUUUUUAUCAAUGUUUUGUUCUUUAAAAUGGGAAUCUGUGAAUGUUUGUAUCUUUCAUGUCUUUAAAAUGUGAUUUAUGGAUUGAGGUAAUGAAGUAUACAGUGUGUAUAGUAUCUGGAAUAUUCACACAGUAUAUGUAAUUAGAAAUGUAUAUGGCAUUAGUCUAAUUUUGAUACAAACUUAAAAGAGAGUUUUGAUUACUGUCUUAUGUAAUUUGGUUAAAAAUGAAUGACCAUAAACCUAAAAAGUGUUUUUUUCCCCAAAAUGCAUUUUCAGCAAACUUUAAAUAUUGCACUUGUACAAUUAUAAAAGCUUUCUAUCUUGGCUCAAAAACGUGAACUCACAAUAAUCAUUUGGGUGAAUCUGAUUCAACAACAAUCAAAAUGAUAUUUUGACAAAUACAAUACAAUAAGAUAUAUUAAUUAAACUACUAGAUGAACUACA